AUGAAGAGCAUUCGUUGGUCGAUGGUAAUCGAGGUUCGCUGGCCGAUUCAAGCCAAGGGCGAUAUCUAUGUGUUGUCUCAGCAGUCUGCUGGCCACCGUGAGGUGCGUGGGCAAGGUGUCAACAUAAGCGAAGAUGAAGAAUCGAGCCGCUUGUCAAGUGAUGUAAGAUCGGCAAAGUCUGCUGGACAUCGUGCACACCCUCGGACAUGUACAGCACGCGUCUUGCACACCCUCGCCGCCUUUGCCGCGCGACGCGAUCGAUCUCUUGCCUGGGCCAGCCGCAUUGGAGGUCGAAGAUCCUGCCAACCAGGGUUGAGUGAGCACGCCAAGCUCGAUAUCCGGCAUCCCUCAUUCGCUUUUCAGCUGAUACACAGCAUCCUUGUGGGUUGUGUUCCGUUGGAGACGAGUUCUCUCUCUCAGGAUGACUUGCCGCCAAUCCCGACCUGGACGUCCUCGGAGACAUCACUUGAUGUUUCAAUCGAUUGGCCAUGCAUCCUCCCCGCGAAACGAACCUUGUCUGCUGAGCGACUUAUACCUAGCGAACUCAACUGGGCAGUCCUCUCUCUGCGCGAGUCUUUCUUCGCUUUCCCUCCACGUUGUUUUCACCCAUUGCCCGUCAGCUAUACGUACCCUUCAAUGGCAAUGGAUAUCCACGGCAUCGGAUCCUCGUCCCUGCGUUUUGUCAAAAAAUCAGCGAUCGAAGCAAGCCAAACUCCGAGUCUCGCUGAAUUCUCGGUGCAGAUGCGAAAUCUAUUCACCGACUUCGAUGACUAUACCAAGUCCAAUACGUCAGAUGAUUUGCUCGCCUAA